AUGAACCAUCCACGGCAACAAUUCCCAAACUUUAUGUCACAAGUUGACAAACUCAAAUCAGAUCCAACACUAAACCAAAUGCAAGUCCAAACCAUGCCAAUGAUUCAGAAACCUCUUUCCCUCCUCUUUCACAUUUUCCUGUUUUCCUCAUUGCCACUUAUCACAACCACAUCAUCAUCUCCAACACCAAUAGCACAGGCAGAGGCCCUGAUCAAAUGGAAGAGAAGCUUUUCUUCUUCUUCUUCUUCUCCACCACCUUCACUUCUCCAUUCAUGGUCCCUCACCAACAUCAACAACCUUUGCAACUGGACCGGCGUUGCAUGCGGCGAUCACACCACCAAAACCAGAACAGUCUCCAAAAUAGACCUCUCCAACAUGAACAUCACCGGAACAUUAACCCGAUUCGACUUCAUCCGGUUUCCCAAUCUCACUCACUUCAACCUCUUCAGCAACAAUUUCAGUGGACAAAUUCCAUCUGCCAUUGGCAACCUCACCAGCCUCACAUUCUUGGACUUGGGCAACAACGUUUUUGAUCAAGAAAUACCAUCUGAGAUAGGCAGGUUAGCAGAGCUGCAGUACUUGAGUUUCCACAACAACAGUCUCUAUGGUGCCAUCCCUUAUCAACUAAGCCAUCUCCAAAAGGUAUGGUACUUGGACCUUGCAUCAAACAUCUUUAUGUCUCCUGAUUGGUCCAAGUUUUCAGGCAUGCCUUCAUUGACCUACCUUGAUAUUCAUAAUAAUACUAAUCUAAAUUCAGAUUUCCCAGAUUUCAUAUCCCAUUGUUGGAACUUGACAUUCCUUGACUUGUCUCAGACUCAUAUGACUGGCCAAAUACCAGAAGCAGUAUGUAACAAUCUGGCCAAACUUGAAUAUCUCAAUCUCACUAACAACUUGUUUCAAGGACCCUUUCCAAAAAACUUUUCCAAACUUACCAAGCUCAAACACCUUCAUGCACAAGUGAACAAUUUCAGUGGCCCAAUUCCUGAAGAUAUCGGUUCAAUAUCUGGUCUUCAGCGUAUGGACCUGCUUCAAAAUUCCCUUGAAGGGAAAAUUCCAUCCUCUAUAGGCCAACUCAGGGAGCUUCAGUACCUUGAUCUUCAAAUGAAUUCCUUAAACUCAUCAAUCCCAUCUGAGCUUGGUCUUUGUACCAACCUCUCCUACUUGGACCUGACUUCCAAUCACCUUGAAGGGAAAAUUCCCCCUUCUAUAGGCCAACUCCGAGAGCUGAAGCACCUUGAUCUUCGUAAAAAUUCCUUAAACUCUUCAAUCCCUUCUGAGCUUGGUUUAUGUACCAGCCUCACCUACUUGGCCCUGGCUUCCAAUAAACUCAAUGGGGAAUUGCCUCUGUCCUUGUCCAAUCUGAACAACAUCAAUCGAUUGGGUUUAUCUGAAAAUCAUCUUACAGGUCCCAUCCUGCCUUCCCUUAUCUCCAAUUGGACUGAAGUGGAAUCUUUGCAACUUCAAAACAAUAAGUUCAAUGGGAAUAUUCCAGCAGAAAUUGGCCUGUUGACAAAGCUCAACUACCUUUUUCUAUACAACAAUAACUUCUCUGGAUCAAUUCCCUCAGAGAUUGGUUACUUGAAAGAUUUGACAACAUUGGCUCUUUCAGGAAACCAGCUCUCAGGGCCAAUUCCUAUGACACUCUGGAACCUCACAAAUAUUAAGACAGUCAACCUUUACUUCAACAAUCUCACUGGCAUGAUUCCACCAGAGAUUGAAAAUAUGGUGUCACUGGAGGAAUUUGAUGCAGACACUAACCACCUGUAUGGAGAGUUGCCAGGCACCAUUUCUCGGCUUACUAAAUUAAAGUCAUUUUCUGUGUUCACCAAUAAUUUUUCGGGAAGCAUUCCGAGGGAUUUUGGCAGGUACAGUCCUAAUUUGAGCAUUCUGCGCCUUUCGAACAACAGCUUUAAAGGAGAGCUGCCACCAGAAUUGUGUAGCGGUUCUGCUCUGGAAGAAUUGUCUGUAGAUGAUAACAACUUCUCCGGGUCAUUGCCAAAGUGCUUGAGAAAUUGUUCAAAACUACGAACAGUUGCUGUUCUUCACAACCAAUUCACGGGAAGCAUUACAAAUUCAUUUGGUAUUCAUCCUAAUCUUAACUCUGUUUUUCUCAGCAAUAAUAAAUUUGUUGGUGAAAUCUCACCAGAAUUGGGAGAAUGUAAAAGUCUCAAACGCUUAUGGAUGGAUAGAAAUAAAAUUUCUGGUCAAAUCCCACCUGAGCUUGGGAAGUUGAGCAAAUUGGAAGAACUAAUCCUGGACUCUAAUGACUUGACUGGAUACAUUCCGGCUCAGUUGGGAAACUUAGGCCUACUGUACAAGCUCAAUCUGAGCAAGAAUCAUUUGACAGAAGACAUCCCCAAGAGUCUAAGCAAUUUGACUAAUCUCCGGGAACUUGAUUUAUCCAAAAACAAUUUGUCAGGAAAAAUCCCCAUAGAGCUUGGUAAGUUUGAGAGGUUGUCAACUUUAAAUCUGAGCCACAACAAUUUAUUUGGUCAAAUACCACCAGAGCUUGGUAAUUUGCCCUUGCAGUACUUGUUGGACCUCAGCAGCAAUUCACUCUCAGAACCGCUUCCUGCAGACCUGGCUAAGCUUAUACGGCUGGAGAUUCUUAAUGUCUCACAUAACCAUCUCUCAGGGAGCAUCCCAGAAACAUUUUCCAGAAUGGUUAGUCUAUUUGGCAUUGAUUUCUCUUACAAUAACUUAACUGGUCCAAUCCCAACUGGUGCCAUUUUUCGAAAAGAGCCUGCAAAUUCCUUUCUUGGAAAUGAUGGCUUGUGUGGAGAUACCGAGGGUCUAACUCCAUGCAACUCAAAUCCCGGAAAGUCCAACAAGAUUAGCAAGGUUCUACUUGCUUUCCUGGUUUCCAGUUGUGUUAUAUUAGUGGUUGCAACUACAAGUACUGCUGCAGUGCUAAAGUUCAGCCGGAAAUCGAAGCUUAAAGAAACCGAAAGUCCUAGGAUGUCUGAGAGUUUAGAUUUAGGGAUAUUGGGAAGAUAUGGAAAAUUCACAUUUGGUGCAAUUGUGAACGCGACGGAGAACUUUGAUGAGAAAUACCUCAUUGGAAAAGGAGGAUUUGGGAGUGUCUACAAGGCUAUGUUGGGCAGGGGGAAAGUGGUUGCAGUUAAGAAGCUGAACAUUUCAGACUCUAGUGACAUUCCAGAAAUAAAUCGCCAAAGUUUUGAGAAUGAGAUACGAACCUUGACAGAAGUGAGGCACAGAAACAUAAUAAAUCUCUAUGGGUUCUGUUCAUGGAGGGACUGCUUGUACUUGGUGUAUGAAUAUGCAGAGAGGGGUAGCUUGAGAAAAGGACAGAGGAAAGGGAAGAAGAACUUGGAUGGAGCACAAGGGGACAUAACUUUGAACAACAUAUUACUUGAGAAGGGUUUCGUGCCACGGUUAUCGGAUUUUGGAACUGCAAGGUUGUUGAGCACAGAUUCAUCCAAUUGGACUUCUGUAGCUGGAUCUUACGGCUACAUGGCUCCAGAGCUGGCUUUCACAAUGCGUGUGACGGAUAAGUGCGAUGUGUAUAGCUUUGGAGUGGUGGCAUUAGAAAUAAUGAUGGGAAGGCAUCCUGGAGAGCUUUUAGCUUCCCUAUCAGUCUCAUUACCAGAAAAUGCAGAAUUGCUUUUGAAGGAUUUGUUAGACCAACGGCUAAGGCCUCCUCCCGUUCAGUCAGCAGCGGCAGUGGCUUCUGUGGUAACCAUGGCUUUGGCCUGUACGCGCACUAAUGCAGAGUCAAGACCUACCAUGGAUUUUGUGGCAAAAGAACUAUCAUCAGCCAGGACCCAGGCUAACCUCUCUGUACCAUUUGGCAUGAUCACCAUCAACAAGUUGGCAAAUUUUCAAAACCAGAAGAACUUUUAA